GACGUGACGUGAGUGACGUGCGAUGUAGCGGCGGAGAGUACUCGAGAAGCCGGCGAGAUAUCCGGAGCAAGUUCCGGAUAACGACUAACGAGCGGGAACUCGGGCAGCCAGGUCGAUAGCGUGGAACAUGGAGUAGCACCAAGAAUUCUCGAUCACCGCUGGGAUUUCCACCGGGGAACGCGGUUCCCGAAGGAAGCUUCGUAGAAAUAAACGUUUCGGUUAAGCAAAGUAUCGCGAGCAAAAGAAUCUACUUUCAAUACGAUGUGGCUCAGUGUCUGACUGUGCUCUGUGGGUGAGAACCUGAGAACAUUGUCGGCCAGCGCGAGUAUCACGAGUGCACGCAUUUUACAUUUACAUAUUGUGAAUAUCGUGAUUGUGAGCAGUAUAAAAAGUGAGAGCUGUGAAAGAGAUUCGACUAGCGCUCGACUUCUCGUUUCUCGAUCUCAACAUUACGCCGUCAACAUUAAUCCGUCGUUGAUUCGUCAGAUGCAAUGACAGAUCAAACAGUUGACUGUGUGGCACAGUGUGCAGUCAAUUUGACAAAGGAAGAAUUAAAUCAAAUCACUAGAGAUGUACAUCAAACUUUAAUUCAUCCCAAGGGCAAUGAACUUUAUGCAAAUUAUCUAGCAGUCUCUCCAGAUCGUUUGAAAUGUUUGGAAAUAUAUAAUACUUGUUCAAAAUAUUUGAAUAAAGAGCAGAAUCAAUCGACUAAAGAAAAUUUAUCGACAGAUUCAUUACAAUCUCUCUUCACUAAAGUUGAAAGAUUAGAAGAGACUGUCAGUAACAUAGAUGUCCCUGAACUAGACCUCGAUCUUAUGAAGAAAUUCAAGAAUGCUUUGAAGGAAGAAAAAACGAGAGAAGCUUUACUUACUGUAUUAGACGAAACAAAAACGCGAUGUCAACUUAGUUUAUCUGGGAAAAUACACGAACAUUUUACAAAUCAUAUCAUUUCGCGGUAUCGCUCGAGUUAAAAUUAAUCCUCAAAAGAUGUACGCCUCAAAGAACUGUUACGUGCGCGCUCGCAGAAAUGAAAGACACACUCUCUCUUUAGACUCUCAAGCAAUCGGUUUAUUCUCAAAGGAACACAGACGUAGGCGCGAGACCGAAAUUGAACUAGUUGUUUACAUGCGUUGUCCAGCUCUUGACAGCUGACGCUCCGUCUCAAUCAAUUUAUCGAUCGGCCCUCGGACAGCUGAGUCGCGGCCGAGGAGUAUAUCGGGCGAUGCACGUAACAGAACUAUAGCUGAAUCAUUUUAUAUCUGGACUCUAUUAAAUAGUUGAAAACUUGCUUCGCAUGUAAAUGUAGCAGUAUUUAUUUAUAAAGCAGGAGUUUUUGAAUUAGAUUGUUUACACUUUUACAAGAUACAAAUGUCUAUUAGAGCUUAAAUAACCUAAUUAAAUAAACUAUUUAAAGUAAUCUUAAAUAAUCUCACUGCCAACUGAGGGUUAAUUUUUCUUACAUCACUGAAAUUUAUUUUGCAUCUUUUUUUAUACGUUACUAAAAUCUGUGAGGCAUUUCUACUUUAUAGAAAAACACACUCUCUCGUAUUAAAGAAUACAAACAUACACACCAAAGAAAUACAGUUAUACAACCCAAAGAAUUUGUUACUAUCUCUUACAUCAAAGGGUUAAGCGACAAUAUCAAACGCAUACUUGGUGAAUUACAAUUUAAAGUUGCACAUACUGUGCUCAAGAGACUUAAUUGUUUGAUAGAAAGAGGUAAGGAUAAGUUACAACAUCUUAAACAAACUGAACUAGUAUAUAAGAUAGAUUGCAACCAAUGUGAUGCGGCCAAAACCUAUGGUCGAAACGUAGUGCUAUAAAUUUGAAAUAAAUCUGGCCAGUCAGGUCAAAACAAAAUUAAUUAUUCCAGUUUUUUAUUCUCAUACUGGCGAAGAAAAGAGUUUGAUACUUUCAUAUCUAAUUUAUUUGUGCUAACAUAUACUGAUUAUCCUAAAAUAAUAGUACUUAAAUAUUAGAAAGUUGAAUUUAGGAUACUUUUAAAAUUAAAUAUAUAUAAAACUGACAGCACAGUUCCUUGUACAUAGUUCCUUGCCGAUUUGUAAUUAAUUUGUAAUCGGCUCAAGUUUGAUUUAUAUUAUAAACAUUGUCUCGUAUGUAUUUUCUAGUCUACAAAAUAUAAAUUCAGAAAAAAUAAACUGUAUACUGAUUAUGCUUGUGAAGUUAAUGCGUUCAGCAGAGAAAAUAGAUUUGCAACUAUUGUAAGAUUCUUCAAAACGAUUGGUUCCUGUCCUUUCGAAAUCAAAAUGUAUAAAAUAACCAUAUGAAAGAAUCAAUUUUAUAACAGUUGCAAAGUUAUUUUUGUCUGCGAUCUUUAAAUUAAUCUUAUAUAAUAUUUAGUAUUUUUUUAAAUAUAUUUAAUACUGUGUAUCAUGGCAACGGGAAAUACCUCAAUAAAGUGAUCUUGUCAACAA